AUGGGAAUAGUCGAUAUCAAAAAUCGUGUACUUUAUUUUGCAAAUCGCGACAUUGCCGAAAGAGCUUUCGCACUAUAUAAUACUCGCACAGAAAAAAUUAGCUUAUAUUUGAAUGAUCCCAAUAACGGAUCUGAUCCAGCACCGAAUGCUUUCGUUUUGGAAGUCAAGCAAUUUUCAGCGAGAACAGAUCUGUAUGCAUAUUUCCGUAAAUUCGGUCCUAUAUAUUCAUUGAAAAUUCAUUCGGAUCCGGCAAAUGGUUGUCCCAAAGGAAGUGCUUAUAUCCAAUAUUUCAAUAAAGCUGAUGCUGAACAAGCAUUGGCUAAAAUGCACUGCCAAGAAAUAGAUGGAAAGUCCAUGUAA